AUGACCGAUGGCGUGGGAUUCCGUCUGGCUUCCUGCUCGGCAUUGUCUAAGAACCGGGCUAUGCACGUGGGAACGGUCUUUCCAUGUUCGGCUAUUCUGUUCCUAUGUGUCCCUGGCCUGCUGGCAGCCUCCCCAGACUCGCAGCUGCCGGCGCUGGACAGCCCGUGUUUCCUCUACCGGGGUUACUAUUAUACUUAUGUCCCAAAGGAACACCAGUGGGCUGCAGCGGAGAAAUUGUGCCGACAAAGGUUUGGAUUUCUGGCCACUAUCGCGACAGCUGACGAUAACCAGAAAACAACACGCUUCAUGAAGUCCAUUGGUGUGAAGGAGACACUGUGGAUUGGUGCCAAAGUAAAAGAGGCGGGUCCUGGUACCUUUGGAUCACACAUUCUGACGUUUUCUACCAAAACUGACACCAAAUAUGCCAAACUUCUCAGGCAGUUUCCUCAAAUGCAUUCAGUGACCAUUUGUGCUCAAGUGCAAUUUGAUUCAAGUUAUGUGGGAGUUUCCACUGUAUUUUCCUAUUCAAUACCAUCAUUUAUCAAUGAGUUUCAGCUGCGUGCUAACAUUGUCCAUGAUCAACAAAUCCAACUUGCUUUGCUGGUCCACGGUGUCCACACUCCUUACUCUCAAGCUGUGAAGAAUGAUGGUAGAUGGCAUUAUGUGUGUUUGAGCUGGACCAGCCAUGGUGGCAGCUGGGCUAUUGCAGCAGAUGGAUCUGUCACUGCAUCUGGAGAUCAUCUUUAUAUUUCUGAAGAUAUUGGAGCCGGCGGAGUUUUCAUCAUUGGACAAGAGCAAGAUACAUUUGGUGGAUCAUUUAAGAAGGAUGAAUCUUUUAUUGGGAGUAUUACACAACUCCACAUCUGGGAUCGUCUUUUGAAUGCCAGUGAGAUUCAGGCUUUAGCAGGAGACUGUGUGGUUGUUCCACUGGGAUUAUACUUUCAAUGGAACCUCUCUGCCUUUGAGAUAGAGUCAACAGUGCAUGUGCACAAAGGAUUUUCCCAGUGUAAAGGUGAUGGAUUCCAAACAACGGAACCAUUUGAUGUUGUGUGGGUGGAUGGAACGACAUCCUCUUUUCACAAUGUCUCAGCGAAUGCCACCCAUCCAGCAAACAAAGGUGAAUGUAUAGCCUUGAACUCACUGAGUGGAGCGUGGACUUCUGAAGAAUGCUCUAAGCAGAAACAAGCACUUUGUAGAUAUAGCAAAGAAGUUUAUGAACAAAUGCAAGUCUUUACUUCCUUACUUCCAUCUGCAUUUUUCCUCCAUAUAAAGGAAAAGGCUACUGAAGUUUCAAUUUCAGAUUAUCUUUUGCUGAACAGAAGUGAUUAUCCACAAGAUGUGAUGAGUGCAGAUUACGUUACCAAUGAGUUCCUGCAAGCAGCUGAUGAAAGCCAAGCUAGGCUCACGUCUGUUGACUUGCUAGCACUGACAAGGCUUCUUAGAAAUGUUGCCGAACUGGAUUUUGAGACGGAAGCAAAUAAUUCAAAAGCAGUUUUGAGCUUGGCUACUAACUAUGUUAAAUUGGCAAGCAAAGUCAUUGAUGCCAAAUGUUCCACGGAAUGGCUCAUAAUAUCUGAGGUGAUCCCUGGUCCAUAUGUCAUAAUUCAAAGUAUUGAUAUGCUGACUGAAAAACUUUCUAGUAUUCUGCUUUCAAUUGAACCAAGUAUUGUCCUGUCAACAGAAAAUAUAGAUGUGCAGAUGAAAGCAAGUCAUUUGUCUGGUUUGGAAAAUGGUCUUAUUUACAAACCAACAUGUCUUUCUGCUCGGGAUCGAGUGGAUGAAGUCCGAGUUCCUGGUUCGGAGAUAUCUAGGCUCUUCACAUCAGGCUACGAGGACUUGAUAUUUAUACAUGCUUACUACCGGAGUGUAGAACAUCAUUUGGGACCACACGACUCAGACUCUGUACUAGUAUCUGGGAGGACAGACAGAACUGAAAACAACCGAUACAACUUGAUAUAUUAUGAUUCUAAUUUGCAAGCAAGCCAGCUACAAACGGCUGUUAUCUCAUCAACUGUCCGUGAUCCAGUCCGAGGGAGAAACAUUCCGACUGCUGUACAAUACUCUCUCUCACACAGAGCUGUGGUUGGAUUUUCUAAAUUUCCCACUCCAGCAUGUGUAUUUUGGAAUUUCAGUCUUCAAGGCGGACAUUACGCCGGAUGGUCAAGCCAGGGUUGCCAAGUGAUCCAGUCUGAGUCGGAAAUCACAGUCUGCUUUUGUAGCCAUACAACUAACUUUGCUGUGUUGAUGCAGUACACAGGAAUACAGUGGGGCGUGGAAACAGAGACGAUUUUAAAUAAACUGACGUUCAUCGGAUCUGGAGCCUCCCUGUGUGCCCUAGUGGUGACCUUGAUUCUUUUCACUGUACUAGAUAUUCCAAAAUCUGAUCGAACCUCCAUCCACAAAAACUUGUUUGUGGCACUGACUGCAGCCCAGGUCGUGUUACUGAGUAGCGACUCGGCAACAGACAAUAAGACUGCCUGCACCGCUGUUACUGCGCUUCUGCAUUUAUUCUUUAUGGCUGCUUUUGCGUGGAUGAUGGUGGAGGGGCUGCUUCUCUGGAGUAAAGUAGUAACUGUCAAUUUGAGUGAGGAACGGAGAAUGAAAUAUUACUAUCUUAUUGGAUGGGGUAUUCCGGUUCUUAUCGUGACUAUCACACUGGCAGCAGCACAUGGCAAGUACAUUGCCGAUCGGUACUGCUGGCUGAAUGUGCACAACGGAGUAAUUUGGGCCUUUGUGGGGCCAGUGAUCUUCAUUAUCAUGGUGAACAUGUUUGUGCUUACACGAGUUGUGCUGAUCACCAUGUCAACUGCUAAGCGGCGCGCCAUCAUGCUUGCUGUUAACAGCAGUCCCAUGGAGCAAGCCUACGAUCAGAUAAGGGCUGCUGUGAAAGCGGUGCUCGUACUGUUGCCCAUUUUGGGACUCACGUGGCUCUGCGGAGUGCUUGUUCCAUUUUCUGUUGUGAUGGCGUAUAUCUUUGUGAUACUGAAUUCCCUGCAGGGUAUCUUCAUCUUCCUGAUAUAUGGAGUGUACAACACAGAGGUAAGGAGUACCAUCAAAAGACUACAAGAGAGAAGAAAAGCUUUGAACUUUUCAAACUGUGCUACUUCUCGACCCUCAAGCUCGUUGACCAGCUCUAGACCAGCUAGUUCACCUGUGACAGGAUCAGAGAGCCUUGCUAAGGAUGACGGCUUACAGGUUGUGGAUGGAGUGAACCUGCAAAGCAUUUGCAAAAUGUCUUUCUAUGACAAUAGUGUCAUAUAUGAAAAUACGGCUGCUGCAAGUGAAAGGCAGUUGUCAACUCCCAGCCUGCCGCGAGCACCCGAUGAGGAGUUGUCGAGUUGUUCUCAGAACUCCGUGACCUGCACUAAGGGUUGCAAACCUGCUGGCCCGCUUCCCAGUGGACAGGAGAAUAUGGAGGAUGCCUGCAGCCUACACGUUCCUCUAGAGCUUGAGGAUCACUCUUGCUAUUCGCUGAACGUCACAUCUCUGAAGCGAGUUGGCAGCUUGUAUUUGGACUGAUUAAAUCAAGAUGACAGGUGUCCUUCCGACUUGCGUUGUGCACUAGUCUGGAAAGUGACAAUGCUGUAAUGGAUCCUCUGUGUGUGGUGCAGUAAGCUCUUGAGUGUCUUUAAAGAAACUGAUGAAGUCGAUUGAUAAUGGGUGUUCUGUCAUCAUUAAGGUUGAGGCCACUCAUUGCUACCUAAAAGUUUUUUUGUCAUUUAUAAGAUCAAGGAGGUUAGCCUCUAGCUUAGCUCCAGCUGUGUUUCACUUGACUUAAACACAUCAGACAACAGUCCUCUGAGGAACGGCGUAUUGAGUUUUCGUUGUAAAAUAGCAUGAGCAAAUAUUAUUCAUCAAGCUCUUUUUCUUAUAUUUAGAAUAUGAUUACUGAAAUAAUUAUUCACAUUGAAGUUAGCAAAAAGUCAUGACUGUAUGUGUUUUAGAUGGGUCUUAAAGACUAUGGUCAAAGCAUCACAAUUUAAUUAGCAGAAAGAUCAGACAUAGCAGCAGACUGUUUUAAAAAGUUUAAAAGACUGUUUAAAAAGAUGGCUGGUGCGAUGCAUUCAGCCAUCUUCAGUGUCAAUUAGAGGUUGCCCCAAUGGAUAGUAACUGGACAUUGGCAAUGCUAUGUAAGCUUAUCAAAAAUCCGAAAUAAUUUAAUCAAUGAUAAUAUAAGGAGCAGAACUAAUUCUUCUUAGAAAUAGACAGAUAAGAUUGACACUAGAUCAAAGGGAGGUUUUGCAUGAUGCACUGAUUUUCUGAUUUGAUCACAUGUUAAAUUUAUUUUAUCAGAUUUUUUUUUAGUUAGCACCUUUAGGAUUGACUGUGAAAUAUCUCAUUUCUGGUAAAGGAAUGUUGUAAUACUGAUGAUGUAUUGAUAUUUGGGACAUGUAAAAUUAAUAUUGUCCUCAUCUGUUUUUUAUGAUGGCUAAAGUAUUUCAUAAUAAUUGUAAUUAUGCUAAAUUAACAGAAAAACAUAACUCAAAGGACUAAGGACUCUCCACAUAGUGGUGAGGUUUAUGGUAUGUCACAUUUUUGUCACUUUCUACGUCAUACAUUUAAAAAUGAAUUGUAGCUGUUAUGAAUAUAUUGUAAUAGGCUGUGUGUGUGACCUUGAGUCUGGUUCUGUAGUAAAUGAAAUUGCUUGUCUAUUCUUGACAUUCUUCAGUUUCGCCCAACUGUAGGUACUUGUGUGCAAAAGUGCUUAUUAGAGUUUUAAAG